AUGUUAUCCCUGGCUCGCACUUGUCGGGCCACAGCUACGGCAUCGGCGAAAGCUCAAGCUCAAGCUAAAACCGUGGCUUGUCGCAGCGCUCACUCCCUCACAGCAGCGAUAUACAGCUCAAGGAGACAAAAACGACAGAAACCAGAUUCAGAGUCGGUGGCGGAAUACAGGCCGCAGCAGAGGAGGAUCUCGGCCAAGGAAGCUGGGCAGCAGCAGCAGCAGACGUCGGCGGCGCGGUACUGGCCGAAGCUGGAGAUUCCGAGGGACGCCAAGCGCUUCACUUUCACCGAUGAGACGACCAAGAGGGGGCCCGUCAAGGUUGCUUACACGGACAGGUUUCUCUUCGUGGAGGACCCUACCGUGGAGAAUGGACGACGGGCGCUGAAGCCGGCGACGCUGAGGGAUAGUUGCGCUUGUCCGAGGUGCAGAGACACUUCAUCCGGUCAAAAGACGUAUUCCUCCGUCGAGAUCCCCGUGGAUAUCGGCCUGCAAUACGUCAAGCCUACGAAAAAGGGGCUGGAAAUCACCUUUUUGCGCGACAUCCCGCGGUUCACUCAAGAUGAAAGCAAGCCUCACGUCAUGCUUCUGCCGUGGGAAUCCGUCGAUAUCUCGCUCAAGAAGAAGAGCACGGAAGACGUCACUCUGCCUCGUCCGCGAUCCGUCCUUCGUCGAACGGGAGUCGUCUACUGGGACCGCGAGUCCAUCGCCCAGCAAGUCCGGCGCAUCGACUACGCAGAGUUCAUGAAGGACGACAGCGAGGCCUUCUGGGACGUCAUCAUCGACAUCUGCCGCUUCGGCCUCGUCUACCUCAACAACGUGCCCCGCGACCAAGACUCUAUCGUGAGAAUCACCACCCGCAUCGCAAACAUCCGCGAGACCUUUUACGGCCGCACGUUUGACGUCCGCGCAAAGCCAAACGCCGAAAACGUCGCCUACACCAGCGGCUUCCUCGGCCUGCACCAGGACCUGCUGUACCUCGACCCCCCGCCCAUGAUCCAAGCCCUGCACUGCAUGGACAACUCCUGCGCCGGCGGCGAAUCCCUCUUCAGCGACGGCGAGCGCGUCGGCCGCCUCCUCUAUCCGUUCCUCGCGAGACACCGCAUGGCACCCCUGGCCGAGCACCACGUCCCCUACCAGUACGGCAAAAACGGCUUCCACUACUUCAGCUCUCGCCGUGUUAUUGAUGGUAAUGAUUCUGGCUUCACCAACGUCUUCUGGUCUCCCCCCUUCCAGGGCCGCUACCUCUCCCCCGUCAAGGACAUCCGCCGCUGGCUCGAGCCCGCCGCCAUCUUCUCCUCCCUCAUCAACGACCCGGCCGCCAUCCACGAGCAAAAGAUGGAACCCGGCGAGUGCGUGCUCUUCGACAACCUGCGCGUGCUGCACGGCCGCAACGCCUUCGACGCAGCGGGCGGCGGCGCGAGAUGGCUCAGGGGCGCCUACAUCUCCGCCGAGGAUUUUCUGUCCAGGGCGGCUCAUAUUCCCAAGGGCAUGGCGGAAAAGUAUCGUGGCCAGAGGCCGUGGGCGCCGGCGCUGGCGCAGAAGGAUUUGAGGGAGACGGCGUGGCAUGAGGAUGUCGUGAGGAGGAUCAGGGAGAUUGAUCCGACGUUGCAAGACUAA